AUGGGAAAGUUCUCUCGAGUCCUCUUGGCUCUUACGGCAGCAGUGCUGGCCAUGGCACACGCCAAUCCUGCAUUGAUGCCCUUGAACGAUGGCAAUCACAUGGCGCAAGUGGGCAUGGGUGUUCACAUGGCCGCUCCAGGUCAGGAAUGCUACCAAUCCGUCCGUUGGGGGUUGGAAGUGGGAUACCGUCUCAUUGAUACCGCCGACGUGUACCAGAACGAAGCCGAUGUGGGAAGAGCCAUUGUCGAUUCGGGCAUUCCCCGUGACCAAAUCUUUAUCACUACCAAAUUGGCCGCGGGAUCGCACGGCUAUCAAAAUGCCAUGGCUGCCACCGACUUGAGUUUGCAAAAGCUCCAAACAUCGUACGUGGAUUUACUCUUGAUUCAUUCUCCCUAUGGGGCCAAACUGGUAGAGACGUGGGAUGCCAUGGUGGAGCUGCAAAAACAGGGCAAGGUCAAAUCUAUUGGAGUCAGCAACUUUGGAAUCCAACAUUUGGAAGCGCUGCGAGAACACGGACGUCCGACUCCCGCAGUCAAUCAAAUCGAAUUGCAUCCACUCAACUAUCAAGAACGCAAAGAAUUGGUGGAAUAUUGCAAACAACACAACAUUGCCAUUACUGCCUAUGGAUCCUUGUUUUUUGGGUUCCACGAACGUUACCAAGAUCCCGUAUUGCAAUCGGUGGCCGAAAAGUAUCAAAAGACAGUGCCACAGAUACUGCUCCGAUGGGGACUCGAAAUUGGCGUGGCGGUCAUUCCCAAAUCGGCCAGUUCCAAACAACGGCUGGAACAAAACUGGGCCAUUCUCGACUUUGCAUUGACACCCGAAGAAGUGGAGAGCAUCUCUGCCAUUAAGGGUGCUCCCUUGGGUGCUUAUUGGGACCCUGUGAGAGAUGCUGGAGUGGAUAUUGGAGACCUGUCGCAUGGCGGCAGUAGUGUCACCGGCGAGGAGCUGUAA